AUGGACAAUGCGAAUUUACCCUCUACAGUCGAAAGGGAUGCAUCGAAAGACAUAUACUCGCUAUCUCCAUUCAAGACACUAAUGCUUCUAUCAGUAGGCCCUAUUAUUUUUGAACUUAGUAGUUCCGUUAUGGAAAUUGUUGAAGCAUUUUGGGUCGGAAAAUAUAUUGGAAAAAUUGGACUGAGCUCGAUCGGUUGUGUUUUUGUCCCAUAUAGUUUUUUAAUUGGGUUUUCGAAUAUGGUGUUUGUAUCUAUAACCCACAAGAUUAGCUCAUUGCAAGGAACAAAAUCAUUAGGAACAAUUCCUGAAUUAUCUUUUGACAUAUUCCGUUUGACAAUUAUCCUCGCAUUGUUAGCCCCAAUAUUUGUGCUUCCUAUCAUCAAACCGAUAUUUUGGUUCCUGAACACAAAUGAAAAAAUAUCUCACAAUGGUUUCUUGUAUAUGAUUCCUUUGACAUGUGGUUUCCUAUCCACAGGACUGCUUCAGUUGCUAACUGGUAUUGUUUAUGCUAAUGGGCAUCCGAUUUUAUAUUCUUUAUUUUAUAUUUUGCAAAACCUUUUAGUUAUAUGCGUGUUCGAACCUAUAUUUAUUCUAUGGGCCAAAGUUAGUGUUAUUGGAGUAGCGUUAUCUAUAAUUUGUUCAAAUAUUCUCACUGAUAUAAUAAUUUUAAUUUAUAUUAAAGUGAAACAUCCAGAUUAUAUAUCAUUUCAAUGCAAUAGGAUGUUCAAGAAAUUCCAUCCUGAGUCACUUGCAACAAUUAAGAUCGGAAUCUCAGCUUUCAUUAUUCAAAUUGCUCUUUCAAUCCCAAGCGCUGCGAUUCAGAAAUUCUUAAGUCUUUCAGCACAUAAAUAUGGUAAUGUCACUGAAGUAAUGGCGAUGUGGUCACUACUUCCAAGAAUUUAUCAUAUUUUAUCAUGCAUUCCUUUUGCUUUCCAGAAAUCAUUACUAAUUGCAGCUUCUUAUGCAUAUUCAAGUGGAAAUAAUCGUAGAUUAUGGAUAUUUUUCUGGAUAUCCAUUGCGAUUUGUUGCACUUAUAGUGGACUUAGCGGAUUUUUGUUUGCUUUCUUUCCUAGGAUUGCGAUAUACCUAUGGUCAAAUGAAAAGACCUUCUCAGACAUUAUUCCUAAGUAUGUUCCUCCUUCUACUUAUUCCGGAAUACUCAUCCCGAUCUAUUUUCUUGGAUCUACCCUACUGCAAUCUGUAAAGUCUAGUAGAUAUGCAACUAUAAGUAAUAUGAUUGGAAAACUUAUCUCUCUUCCAUCUUUUGGAGCAAUAUUAUAUUACACUAAUAAGCAAGCACCUUACAAUAUCAUAUGGGCAUAUGGCAUAUCAGAUCUUAUUUCUGCCUUAGCAAUAAUUAAUUCUACCAUAAUAAUCAAAUUUAAAAAACUUCGAGAUAUAUCUCACGAUGUCAAACAGCAGCAGAUUCAAUAA